AUGAGUGUCAGAUUGUCAAAUAGACAUUUCAGCAUCAUGUCAAGAUUGCAGCGCUUACAAAUAUGGAACCGCGAUACUCACAAUAGCGGUCAAAGUUUAGACACGGAACCUUUUCGUAAUCCGGAUAAUAAACGUAGUAUUACACGAGGCGUUGUGCCAAUACAUGCAGAAUCUACACUAUGGAGUGUGCCAGAAUCUCCUCAAAAUGCCAGAACUCUCAGAGCUUCAAUUAUUGGCUUACCCAAUGCAGGUAAAAGUUCGUUGCUAAAUUCAUUACUAAGCACUUCAUUAGCUGCUGUAUCUCCCAAAGUCAAUACCACCAGGGAAAAUAUAACUGCUGUAUUGACCAGGGACAAUUGCCAAAUCGUAUUUGUUGACAACCCGGGGAUCAUUCCAUUUCAAUACAAAAGAUCCUUUGGCAAAGAGCUUCUAAGGGCUGCAUGGAGGGGAUACCAUGAAUGCGAUGUAUGUAUUCUUGUUGUGGAUGUUGUAAAGAGACCCUGCUCACAGCUUUUUCAACUUAUUCGUAGUAUUACCCCUAAAACAAUCAAAUCAUCAUCACAACCUACAGAUUCUGACCCUUUAACUGAAUCUCUCAUAGAAGAAUCAGAUGAAUUACUUGAAGCUGGAAUGGAUGAGUGUUAUAAUAGAAUACCUGUCAUUUUGGUACUAAACAAAAGUGAUUUAUUGGACAGUAUCAAGUGGGCCAAGUCUAGGUUUAAGGAGCUGAAAGUUUAUGGGUCAUUUUCACAGGUCAUUUAUACUUCUGCAAAAAAGAAUUUGGGUAUUGAAUAUCUUUUGGAUGUACUGGAGCGAUACUCAAAGCAAUCGCCUUGGAUUUACCCUCAUGAUCUACUAACACCAAUGUCAAAGAUACAAAUCCUAGAACAGUCCAUACGUACAUACAUUUUCUGUUGGUUCAACAAGGACUUACCUUAUAAGAUAGGACAUAAAACUGUUGGUUGGACUAAAAUAGAUGACACAACUACACUUAUUGAACAUGAACUAUACACAAAGACAGAUUUGGCUGCAAAGAUCAUUUGUGGCACUGGUGGAAAAAUAAUCGCUAGGAUACAGGAUAAAGUGGCAAAAAAAUUAUCUCACUUGUGGAAAAUGAACAUUAGAUUGAAUAUACAUGUCAAAACGGAUCGAAACAAAUUGCCUUUGUGA